UUAUUAACUUGGUUCCAAUUAAAAAUCAAACCUUUUAGACAGGUCGGAGGGUUGUGUUUUUUGUACAGCAAAAGAAAAACCCUGAUUCUUUUUCUUCUUCUUCACAUCGUCGCGACUCGUGCUUUUCUUUCUCCUCGACUUGGUCAAUUUUGCAGAUGAUUCUCUACGCCUGUUGCUGAGUGUCACAUAUUAGAUAGGCCAUGGGAAUCCAAAAUCUGUUAUGGCAAGUGACAAAGAAAGCAUUCACUGGAGGUAUCAUAGGUCUUACCAUUUCGGACAGAUGUUGUAGCGUUGUUCCGGUCAGAGGAGAUUCCAUGUCCCCGACAUUCAAUCCCCAGCGAAAUUCUUACUUAGAUGAUUAUGUUUUGGUUGAGAAACUUUGCCUUACGGAUUAUAAGUUUGCGCGUGGCGAUGUUGUCGUGUUCAGCUCUCCGACUCAUUUCAGGGAUAGAUACAUAAAGAGGAUAGUGGGGAUGCCUGGGGAAUGGAUAAGUAGUUCUCGGGAUGUGAUCAGAGUCCCAGAAGGACAUUGCUGGGUCGAAGGAGAUAACAAAGCUUCCAGCUUGGACUCAAGAACCUUUGGCCCUAUUCCUUUGGGUUUAAUUAGAGGACGGGUGACUGGUGUGGUGUGGCCACCUCAGAGAGUAAGCAAGAUUGGUUGAUAAAAAAGCGAAGAAAGGAAGGAGAGGUAAAGUUUCUUCCUCCUCCAUACGAAUAGUCCUUUCCUCAAAAGAUUCCUUUAUUGUGGAAUCUGCUUUUACACCAAAAGAAUGGUUUUAUCAGAAAGAUUGAAAGUUCGAUUUUUUGUUUUCCAUUUUUUCACAGUUUGUAGAACUGCGUACUCGCGCUUUUUAUGUGCAUUUUAUAUUUAAUCAAAUGGGUCGAUUCAUCUC